UCUAUUUCUUCGGUUGUUGUUGUAAAAAUUUUGUGAUGUUGUUAAAAUAUUUUUUGUUUUGUUUUAAUUUUUCCCUGUUACUUUAAAAACGGUGAUUUUGAGAACGUGGUUGGAGAAUUUAACAAAAAUUGGCAAAAAAUCCCAUGUUUUUGUUGGAAUUUUUUGGUAAUUUUUUAAAUUUUGGGUGUAAAUUAGAUGCAGUAAUAUUAACUUUAUAAUAAAAUGUAAUUUUCGGUUGCGUUGUGAAUCCCAGGGGAGUUUAAUGGAGUUACGUUAGCACACUGAGUCACUGCAAUUUCCGGUUUUGACAAGUGGUCAGUUGGCCCCGCCCCCGGUGAGCAGCACGGGGGCGUGGUCAACCGGCACAUGUUCCAAACGGCCAUUUUUACCAACCGACUGCGGCUUGCCGUUUCACUACAGUACACCGAUCGUCGUUGAACAGAUGAAGCAAAUUUCCAGAGCAAAGAGCAGUCUCGAAAAUCGUUUAGCACAUGCCAGCCCUGAAAACCGUUCAGACAGCAGCGAGCGAGAGAGAGAGGCACCGCGCAGGCCGAGCUGAUAAGUGGAAAAGUUAGCCUUCACCGAGUAAAGAGAGAGACAUUAUACGGAACUCGUUGGUAACAUUUUUGGGGAAAAACGGUUUGAUUUGGCGAACGAUGAUAGCGGAUUAAGCGUUGAGAGAGAGAGACGGGUGCCCCCCUUUAUUGUUUCUCCAGCCCUAUUGUUGUCCACGCUCGACCGACCUGAUGAAGGCGUUCUUAAUGAGAAGUCUGGAGGAGGUGUAUGAGCCAGAUUUACGCGCCACGAUGAACGGAUUGUCCGCGGGUGAGGCUCCCAUGGGCUCCGAAGCCGAAUUGAAGAAGGCGAAACUGGAUGAGUCAGCCGGCGGAUACGGCCAUGACAGCCUGACGAACGGGUCAGCCGGCGGGACCAACGGGACGGUGAUGAACGGGAACGGCACGCACAACCACCACCACCACGGGACCGCCAACGGCGCGGGCAGCAACGGCAGUGGCGGCAUGGGCCACCACGCGCACACCACGGCCACCUCCCCCUCCAAGGUCGUCCACAUCCGCGGCGUACCGGCUGACUGCGUGGAGGCCGACAUUGUCGCGGUGGGCCUGGCCUUCGGCCGCAUCAACAAUGUCCUCAUUCUCAAAGGCAAAAAUCAGGCGUUUCUGGAGAUGGUGGACGAAGUGUCGGCCAUCCAGAUGGUCAACUACUUUAACUCGGGCUUCCCCUGCAUGGUCAAGAACAAGCAAUGCUUUGUGCAGCAUUCCACGCACAAGGAACUGAAAACCGAUCACCAGAAUCACAUGGCCAACCAUGUGAACAACGCGGCGUCCCUGAUGAAGGCCAGCCUGCCGAUGAACAUGAUGAUGAACAUGGCGGCGCCCAACCUAAUGGCCGGCAUGAGCCCGCUGCUGGCCGGCGCUAAUGGUCUACACCAGUUGGCGGCGCUGCAUCAGCAGCAGCAGCAGCACCAACAACAGCAGCAGCAGCAGUCCUCGCCCACCGGCGUCAACGGCGGCCACGCCGAGUACGGCGGCAUCAACACCAUCCUGCGCGUGGUCGUCGAGAACAUGAUGUAUCCCAUUCCCCUCGACGUCCUCCACGGGAUAUUCUCGCGAUUCGGCAAAGUAUUACGCAUCAUCACCUUCACCAAGAAUCAGCAGUAUCAAGCGCUCAUUCAGUAUCCCGACCGUCAAAGUGCGUCGCUGGCUAAGCAGUCACUGGACGGACAGAACAUUUACGCCGGCUGCUGCACCCUGCGCAUCGAGUACUCGCGGCUGGAUAAUCUGCGCGUGACCUUCAACAACGACAAGAGCCGCGACUACACCAACCCCGGUCUGCCCUCGGGCGAGGCCACCGUCCUCCCGGAUCCCCUGCAUCUGUCCGGCUUUAAUCCGGCCGGUCUGGCGCUGUCGCCGCAUUCCCUCCUGCAUGGUCUCGGCGCCGCGUCGCCCCAUAACAUUCCCGGCCUCAACACGGCGGCCGGCCAUCCCUACAGCGCUUCCCUCUUGCAUGCUGGACUGACGGCCAACUCGCUGAACGCCGCCCUGGGCAAUAUGGGCCGGUUAGCCCAAGGCGCGAGCGUCGUCCUGGUCAGCAAUAUCAACGAAGAGCUGGUCACGCCAGAAAUCCUUUUCAUCCUCUUUGGCGUGUAUGGUGAUGUGCUGCGAGUGAAGAUCCUUUUCAACAAGAAGGACACGGCGCUGAUCCAGUACGCCGAACCGCGGCAGGCGCAGCUCGCGAUUGUGCAUUUGGACCGGGUGCGGCUGUUCAACAAGGCGCUGAAGGUGACCAGCUCGAAGCACAGCGAAGUGCAGCUGCCCAAGGAGUCGCAGCCCGACUGCGGACUGACGCGCGACUUCUCCAAUUCUCCGCUGCACCGCUUCAAGAAACCCGGCUCCAAGAACUACCUCAACAUCUACCCGCCCAACUCCACCCUGCAUCUCUCCAAUCUCCCGCCGACGAUCACGGAGGAGAACGUGGUGCACUACUUUGCACAGAACGGAUUCGCCGUUAAACAUUUCCGCUUCUUCCCGAAGGACCACAAGAUGGCCUUGGUGCAGUUGGGCAGCGUGGACGAGGCCGUGGAAGCCCUUGUUAAAAUGCACAAUUUCCAGUUGAACGAGAACACCCACCUGCGGGUGUCGUUCUCGAAAGCCCUGAUCAAGGAUUAAGCAGUCAUGCUGAUCCGCACAGUGUGCCUUGGAAGAUGGUUGCCUUGUUGAUUUUUCUACAAAAAGACAAAUCCUUUGCACAGCAAAUGUCGCCGCCCCGCAGAAGAACCCGCCCAUCGCCGCCACCGGCCUGUUUCUUCUGUCCCGAUCCAAUCUCUCCCUCGCGCCUUCACCCUAUCCUGCAAUUCCAUCCCGUAUUUUUUAUACCGUUUUUUUUGCGUUUAUUUAUUCUCCCUGAUUUAUCCUUUUUUUUAGCACUGGCUUUUUUUUGAAUAUUCAUCUAAAAAAUCCCGUUUAAAUCGUGCUGGUUGCCCCCUGUUUUUUUGUAAAAUUUAUUCUAUUUAUUCUCUAUUUAUUUACGGGCUCGUGUGGAGCGUUUUCUGGAGGAUUUCGUGGUUGGGUGUUUUGUGGAUUUAUCUCCGCCCUUGAUCUUUUUUGUGGGUUGGUUUGUUGGGGAUUUUUUUUGUAGCAACUGCGGUAGUUUUUUCUCUCGCGGCUGAGAGCGGCGUUGUUGGGCGUUGUUUUUUGAUCUGUAUUUGGUUGAUUUUUCUGGCUGGAUGAGACGGAACGAUGUACCCGGGAAUCUGUGCGUUGUUGUAUUUAUCGAGGGGGUUUUUUAUACCGCUUUUUGGAUGUAAUGAGACGAUGCUGACGUCUAAAUUGCAUUAAAUACAGUAAAUUAAAAUUAUCGGCACCUAAACUGAAAAUUUA